GUUUUACGCAGGGGCACGGACACACCUGCAAACACACCUGCAAGCCACCUGCACUCAUCUCUUUAUUCACACGCGCAAUGCUGCUGCUGCGCCUGAGCCGCCGGCUCGUGCUGCUGCGCCCCCAGACCACUCCUGCUACUGCCGCUACCUCCCUCCUUGCUACAGCCGGUGGCAGCAGCAGCUGCGCCUGCGCCGGUGGCGCCCGCCGGGCCCUCACGCUGCUACCCCGCAACAGCGGUGGCAGUAGCACCACCACCACCAGCAACCGCCGCGGCAGUAGCAGCAGCCGGCGGCCGGCGGUCGUGGCGAUGAGCAGCAACGCCGCCGAUCCCGGAGCCCCCAGCGGCGGCGCUACUGCUGGCGGCAGCGUCGGCGGCAGUAGCAGCACCAGUGCUGGUGGUGGGGCGCCGGCGGCCGGUGCGGCGCAGCAGGCGCCGCUGAAGGACACCACAAGGGCAGCCAUGAAGGAGGCGGGCGCCGAGUCCGUCAGCGACGCCGCCCGUGACCAGGCUGCGUCUGCUGUGGGCGGCUCGGUGGUGGUGGCGGCGGUGGGCCAGGCGCCUGAGCCCCACCCGCUGCCGGCACAGGACAGGAGGAGGUCGCACGCCCGCUUCCCCGACACAGGCACCCUGCCGGCGGAGAACGGCAGCGGCAGCGGCCGGCCCCCCGGUCUGACCCGCAACGUGUGGUCUCAGCAGGGGGUGCGGCGCGCCUACCCGCCCCUCACCUCCGACGUGGGGUGCGAGGUGCUGGUGGUGGGGGGCGGCAUGGUGGGGCUGCACGUGGCCUACCGCCUGGCCAAGGAGGGCCGCGACGUGGUUCUAGUGGAGGCGCGGGCGGUGGGCGCGGGUCAGUCGGGCCGCACCAGCGCACACGUGAUGCAGUGGAACGACGACUACUUCGGGGAGAUUGAGAAGAAGUUCGGGGGCACGGGCGCCAAACAGGUGGCUGACUCACACCUGGCCGCAAUCGACUUCAUCGAGCGGGUGGUCAAGGACGAGGGCAUCGACUGCGACUUCAUCCGCCUCAGCGGCUACCUGUUCCCACAUGACCACAAGCAGUCCACGCUGUCGCUGCUGGACUCCGAGCUGGCCGCCUGCCACCGCGCGGGUCUGGCGGACGUGCGGCGGGUGCACCUGGGCGGAGUGCCCGGACACGGCACACUGGGGGCGGCGCUGGAGUUCCCGAGGUCCGCCGAGUUCCACCCGCUCAAGUACAUGCAGGGCCUGGCCCGCGUGCUCACACACAAGUACGGCGUACGACUGUACGAGGGCACACGUGUCACCGACACCAUCGACCCGCAGAUAAGCGGCCGGGUGACCACCGACAGCGGCGGCGCGGUCAGCCCCACCGCCGCCAUCGUGUACGCCACCAACUCGCCGGUGAGUCGCAACGUGGCGGUUCACGCGCGGCAGGAGGCCUACCGCACCUACAUGCUGGGGCUCAAGGUGCCCAAGGGCUCUGUGGCCCGCGCCAACUGGUGGAGUACGGAGGAGGUCUACCACUACGUGCGGCUGCAGCCGGGGGACGCCGACGGAGGCGCGCCGUACGACGUACUGCUCAUCGGUGGUGGGUGCUGGGCGCAGGAGGUGGUGUACCGCUGGAGCGGCCAGGUGUACGAGCCCAUUGACAUGCUGGGCCUGUACGGCCUGGAUCCAGUCAACCCGGUCAACGCCAUCAGCGGCUGCAAGCGCUACAUCGCCACGGGCGACAGUGGGCAGGGCAUGACGGGCAGCGCCAUCGCGGCCAUGGUGCUGGCCGACCUCAUUGCCGGCAGGCACAACGCCUGGUCCGAGCUGUACAGCCCCUCCCGCGUUACGUCCGCCCUGGACCCGUCCAGUCUGCAGGACCUGGGCAGUGAGGUGGCUGCCACGGCACGUGGUCUGGUGGACACGGUCCUUCCCCGGUCUGGUCUGGGCCUGGCCGGACAGUGGCAGGCGGAGCACCUCAAGCCGGGCGAGGGCGCGGUGCUACAGGAGGGCGUGCACAAGGUGGCAGCGUUCCGCACCCCCCAGGGCAAGCUGGUCAAGCACUCCGCCAUCUGCCCGCACCUGGGAUGUCAGGUGGAGUGGAACCCCAACGACAGCACGUUCGACUGCGUGUGCCACGGCUCCCAGUUCGACGCGCAGGGCAACUGCAUCAACGGCCCCGCCAACAGCAACCUCAAGGAGCUGUUUUGACGCAGCUGCACUCUGGUGGAUGUCAUGGGACGAAUGCGGCUUCACACCAUGAUCCUCUCCGAAUGCAGCUGCAUGCGCUUGAGAGCGGACCGGCGGAGCUUCCUCAAGAACUGGCGAGCUGGGAAGGAGCUUAGAAGUUCUAGAUCGGAGGACGUGACUGGGUCGACGGAAGGAUAGAGGCGCCAGGGGGAAGUGCGGAGCACCGGCGAAGGCAUGCCUGGCAGUCAAGCUUGGAUUGUGGCGUUGUGUGGAAGAGUUGAGUGAAGUUGAGUGCAGGAUCCUCCGCUGGUUGAUGUGCGGCCGGAUGUUUGGAGAAAGGAUGGAGCUGCAACGGCCUACGUACGAUAGAUGAGC